AUGGCUAAUCGAACGGUUAAGGAAGCGCCGACAAUCAAAGGUACUAAUCCACAAUAUUUAAUUGAAAAAAUUAUUCGUUCUCGAAUAUAUGAUUGUCGAUAUUGGAAAGAAGAUUGUUUUGCACUAACUGCUGAAUUAAUUGUUGAUAAAGCAGUUGAAUUAAAACAUAUCGGUGGUGUUUCUGGUGGAAAUAUUCGUCCAUCACCAUUUCUAUGUUUAAUUCUUAAAAUGUUACAAAUUGUUCCAGAAAAAGAUAUUGUUGUAGAAUUCAUUAAAAAUGAAGAAUUUAAAUAUGUUCGUGCACUUGGUGCAUUUUAUAUGCGAUUAGUUGGUACUUCAGUUGAAAUUUAUAAAUAUUUAGAACCACUUUAUAACGAUUAUCGAAAGAUGAAACGUUUGAAUCGAGAAGAAAAAUUUGAACUUUUGCAUAUGGAUGAAUUUAUUGAUGAAUUGUUACGCGAAGAACGUGUGUUAGAUGUUCAGUUACCUCGUUUACAAAAACGGACUGUUCUUGAAGAAAAUAAUCAACUAGAACCUCGUCAAUCUGUACUUGAUGAAGAUAUUGAUGAUGAUAAUGAAUUAAGUGAUGAAGCAGAGGAGGAAGAGGAAAAGAAAGUGAAACCGAAAGAAAAAACAUCCGAAAAAUCGAAGAAAAAUUGGAAAGAUUAUGAUAAACCGGAAAGAUCACCAUCACCACGAGAAAAAAGUUCGAAGAAGAGACGGCGUUCAAGAAGUCGAUCAAAAUCAAGAUCACGUUCACCUGCGCGUGAAAAUAAAAAGAAACAUUCCAGUCGACAUGAACAUCGUGAUAAAAAAGAUCGGGAUCGAGAUCGAGAUCGAGAUCGCGGCCGUGAAAAAGAAAAACGUCGUCGUGAUUAA